UGACUUUCCCGAUGUUUGAGAGAAACAUGGCGGGUCCUCGAUAGUCCAGAACUUGCGAUUGCGGUUGGAGCGGCGGCCCCAGCUAUCACUGUUUGGCGGUGCAUGACGACCUUCAAACCGUCCAAGUUAACGAGCUUCAGAAACACUUCGCUUGUCGACACCCGACCACCCCUGUUAGAGUACUGCGUCAGGCACCAAACGAUCAAAGCAAGCGCAGUCCCUGCCUAUUGUCCCAUCACGCCUUUCGAGAGCGCACGCGUGACCUCUUUCCGCAGAAAACCACCUGCAUACAUCACCAGCCACAGUUGACAUCGACUUUGACCAGCCGCGUUGUCAAUUCAGUGCCAGUCUCUUCGGCCAAACACAGUACCUAGCCUCCAUAAUCAUGUCGUCAAGGAAGAAGGUUUUACUGAAGGUUAUCAUCCUCGGUGAUAGUGGUGUCGGCAAGACCAGUUUAAUGAAUCAAUAUGUGAACAAGAAAUUCUCCACCUCCUACAAAGCCACCAUCGGCGCCGACUUUCUGACCAAAGAAGUGACGGUCGACGACCGAAUCGUGACCCUGCAGCUCUGGGAUACCGCAGGACAAGAGCGCUUCCAAUCUCUCGGUGUAGCCUUCUACCGCGGCGCCGACUGCUGCGUGCUAGUCUACGACGUCAACUCGGCAAAGUCCUUUGAAACUCUUGACUCAUGGCGCGACGAAUUCCUCAUUCAAGCCAGCCCACGCGACCCGGAUAGCUUCCCCUUCGUCGUGCUAGGGAACAAGAUCGAUAUGGGUGAGGAGAGAAGAAUGAUCUCACAGAAAAGGGCGCACGCAUAUUGCCAAAGCCGAGGCCAGAUGCCAUACUUUGAGACCAGCGCCAAGGACAGCACCAACGUUGAGCAGGCGUUCGAGGUCAUUGCCCGGAACGCACUGGCGCAGGAAGAGAGCGAGGAAUAUGGCGGCGACUUUUCGGACCCGAUCAACAUCAACCUUGAUCAGGAGAGGGAUGGAUGUGCUUGUUAAAAGUCGAGAUAUUGAGUGCGGAGAAUAAUUUGCGAGAACCUACGAUGCUCAAGGGCGGGGAUGAAGCAUCUAUACGGCUCUGAAGGAGGGAUGCAGUGGACGAUGGUGCUUGGGAGCGAGCAAUGCAGUCAAUGCUCUCAAAAACGUGGAUUCCGGCUCUGUGAUAUGGCAAGCAGUCCAAAUGUACUCACCAAAUUGGUCGUCCAGCACGUUUGUUCAUCGAUCUUUCGUGGCGUACACGGCGCAAGCGGUACAAGGCAGGUUAGGUCAGGAUAUGUAGCAUUUGUACAGAAAUCACACACGAAUAAGUUCUAUUUUUUA